AUGAAGAUUGUGUACGUGUACACAAAAAAGCACAGUGAGUUUGGGCACCAGUGUAACUUUUCAGACCAUCCAGCUGAGCUGCAUGUGGACAUUCUGCCUGACAUUUCCCUCGCUGCAGACUUCACAGUGAGAGAUCUAUGUAAUGUGACCGUUCAGUGCGCCGAGGAAAUGUCCGAGCAUGAGGUGAACACAGAGCGCUUUGAAUCCGAGUCACGAGGAAUAAACCAUGUGGAAUUAGGGUGGCCGAAAGAUCUCAAUCCAGAGGACAUGGAGGCGACCAUACGCUACAGGAAGAAAGUGGAGAAAGAUGAAUACUAUCAGAACACUAUUAUGCAGAUUGCUGGUCUCAUGGAACACUGUUGCAAGCAGAACAACGCCACUGACGUCUACCAGGAGUUUUUUGAGGAUGAGGAUGAGGAGGUAUUGGAGGAAUCGGAGGAACAGCCAUCAGCAAAGACAAUCAAUGUCUUCAGAGACCCGAAUGAAGUGAAGCGCACAGCCUCCAGUUUGUCCUGGCACCCCGAUGGCAACCAUAAACUUGCUGUCGCCUACUCUUCCCUGGAGUUUCAAAGAGCACCCAAUGACAUGAGCUUCGACUCCUUCAUAUGGGACAUUGAAAAUCCCAAUAAACCUGAAAUGACUCUGAAACCUGUAUCUCCACUUGUAUGUCUAGAGUACAACCCAAAAGAUUCACACAUUCUUGUUGGGGGAAGCUACAAUGGACAAAUCGCAUAUUGGGACACUCGUAAGGGCAGCCAGCCAGCAGAGAUGUCCACCAUCGAACACAGCCAUAGAGAUCCUGUCUACAAAGUCACCUGGCUGCAGUCGAAGACAGGCACGAACAUCUUCUCGGCUUCUACAGAUGGCCAGGUACUCUGGUGGGACAUUCGGAAGAUGAGUGAGCCCACUGAGAGACUCGUACUGGACCCUAGUAAAAAGGGCAACCUUGACAAUGCCCUUGGUGCAGUCUCGCUGGAGUUUGAGACCACUAUGCCCACUAAGGUCAUGGUGGGCACAGAGCAGGGUCUUGUGGUUUCAUGCAAUCGCAAAGCAAAAACCCCUGCUGAGAAGAUUGUAUGCACAUACAGUGGACACCACGGUCCCAUUUACGCCCUGCAGAGAAACCCAUUUUUUCCUAAGAACUUCUUGACUGUUGCUGUCUGGACCGCCUGCAUUUGGUCGGAGGAUAUCAAGGAGUCCUCCAUCAUGUGGACCAAGUAUCACAUGGCCCAUCGGUUAGAUGGCUGUUGGAGUCCAGUCAGGCCAUCGGUUUUCUUUACACUAAAGAUGGACGGCACCUUGGACGUGUGGGACAUCUUGUUUAAACAGAACGACCCCACUCUCAGCCUUAAAGUUUGUGAUGAAGCCCUGUGCAGCAUCCGGGUGCAAGAUAACGGCCGCUUCCUGGGCUGUGGCUCUCAGCUGGGAACCACCACACUGCUGGAGAUUUCAGCAGGCCUGUGCACACUGCAGAAGAACGAGAAGGCCAUGGUCUCAGAGGUCAGACACAAACACACCUGA